UCCUCGGCCCAAGGACCAUUGUUGUUAGGUCCAUAUGCUUCUCCUGAAAGAAAAAAAAACUUCUAAAGCAAGAUCAGGUACUCCCAACUCCCUGGCAACAUCUAUCAGUAACCACUUGCCAUUAUAGCAUCCCCAUUCUCUACGAUUGAUGUGAUUUGAUCAACAGAAUGGCGAGAUUGGAUACUGUCCGUGUCAGACUUGCUCCAUUUUUCGUCUUCGCCGUCGCGUAUGUCGUCGCUUCCCCGCCGCCGUCGAUAAUCGCCAUCCUUCUUAAAUGCCUGCCUAUAGCCUGCCUCUGUGGGUUUGUAAUCACCGACACCCUGAGCCCCGUCCGACAUAGCAACUUAAGCUACAGAUAUAAUAUCGUCAUCAUCGCCGGACUCGUGCUCUCAGGCAUCGGCGAUGCAGCUUUGGUUUACGUCGACGACCACGAUUUAUUUGUCAUCGGGCUCCUGUUCUUCGCUCUGGCCCAUCUUUCCUACAUCAUAGCCUUCGGAUGGAGACCUGUCAGCGUCAAGACCCUCUUCAUAUGCUUCACCUUAAUGUGCAUAGGAUACAGCACGGUCUAUCAAGGACUUGUCAAGCAUAAUCUGGCGUCCCUCGGGGGUCUAUACUCGGUCCUAUUGAUGCUCAUGGGAUGGAGAGCACUUGCAGGAGCUCGGUUAACCGACAACCGUUGGAGGUUGACUAAAAUGGCAGCACCUGUUGGAGCUAUCUUCUUCUGCAUAUCCGAUUUUGUUCUCGCAAUGAACCGAUUCUACACGCCAAUUCCCUCUUCCCAGGUGCUGGUUAUGUCAACAUACUACGCAGGACAGUUAGGCAUUGCUUUGUCAGUUCUUGAUCGAGAUUUUCAGACGUAAAACGCACUAAUGCGAUAUUCACAACGAUUUUCCAUACUGCUUUGUGUGACGAGGCCACGUAGGAGCUUUAUUUUAAUUGGAGGGUAUUGGGGCAACUUCCAUUAACGAGUGGGUACCAUGCGCGACCAUGGGGUCUCGAAAAGCACCCUAAACAAGUAUUUUCCAUAUUCUGGGAAUGCACC